UGUCAACUUUUUUUUCCAUAUAAAGAGCCUCCAUUGCUCAGACAUUUUAAGCAAACUAGUACAAAUCCAGUCACACAAGUUAUAUACAAUUGAGUAGCAAAAGAAAUGGCUGCCAUCUCCUUUGAUCCAAGGCUUAACCACCAAGUAGGGAAGAAGAACCAUGGAGUUGUUCUUGAAGAAAUUGAAGGACUAAUCAGAGUUUACAAGGACGGAAAUGUCGAGAGGCCUCCACUCAUUCCUAAUGUCCCUUGUACUGCAGCAUUAGGGGCUGGUGUGACAGCAAGAGAUGUAGUUAUUGACAGAUUCACAAACUUAUGGGCACGUAUCUAUGUCCCGAGCUGCCCUGGGAGGCUGCCUGUGCUUGUUUAUUUUCAUGGAGGCGGAUUUUGUGUUGGUUCUGCAGCUUGGAGUUGUUACCAUGAUUUUAUAGCCAAUCUUGCUGUUAAAGCAGGCUGUGUGAUCUUGUCCAUUAAUUACCGUCUGGCACCUGAAAACCAGCUUCCCACUGCUUAUGAGGAUGGCACCAAUGCUGUUGUUUGGCUGAAACAGCAAGCUCUAAAUGGUUCAAGUGAGAACAAAUGGUGGUUAAGUAAGUGCAGUUUCUCUAGCUUGUUUUUGGGUGGUGAUAGUGCAGGUGCAAAUAUAGCUUAUCAUGUGACCACAAGGCUAGGAUCCAAUGGCACAUUUGAACCAACCAUUACAAAUCCAUUGUGUCUUAAGGGAACCAUUUUGAUCCAACCCUUCUUCGGAGGAGAAGCGCGAACAGGAUCCGAAAAAAACUCAAGACAACCACCCAAUUCAGCGCUAACUCUAUCAGCUUCUGAUACAUAUUGGCGCUUGUCACUGCCCGCUGGGGAUAACCGGGACCAUCCAUGGUGCAACCCUUUAGCUAAUGGUGCGUCCAAAUUGCGCGAUUUGGCUCUUCCAUCUGCAAUGCUAGUGUGUAUAUCAGAGAUGGAUAUACUCAAGGAUAGGAACUCGGAGUUUUGCAAUGCUUUGGCUAGUGCUGGUAAGAGGGUUGAAGCAGUGAUGCACAAAGGAGUUGGUCAUGCAUUUCAAAUUCUGCAUAACUCUCCGAACGCGCAAACUCGAAUCCAAGAGAUGGUGUCUCAUCUGAAAUCCUUCAUCAACGAGAACCAAUAAAAUGCCUUAAUAAUUUCCUUUUAUACUUUAGCUGGAUUUAUGAAAUCACUCAGUAUAUAAGUGUAGACAUUUGAGCAUGUAUAGAUGUAACAAUCUUGUCUAGUCAUAGUUUUGAUUAUGUGUGUUUGUGUGAGAGAAGAGAACAAUAGGUCGGAUGACGAACUUGAUCACGAUAACUCUUAGUGCAAGGAGGAGGUCGUGAGAUAAGCUUUUGCGAGAUAAGCUUUUGCUUAUUCCAACAUAUACAAAUAUCACCUUAUAUUAUCUUCCCGUUUUACGUGUCAACUAGUUCUUGGGGUUGCACGUUACCAAAAAAAGGUGUUUGUGUGAGAGACAAAGAAAAAUGUUCUUGAUAUGCUCAACUUGCAGGG